UUUAUAUUUUCUAGCUUUCUUGGGUUCCCAAAUUCCCUACUUUUGCUCUUCCUUUCCCCUCAAUUAAAUUUUAUUACACACAGCUACCAAUUCCAACCUGUAAAUGAACGUAAUAGACCUGACCUUUGAGGACGAGGGCGAUAGCACCGCCACCCAUAGCGCCGGGGCGGAAACACACGACCUUACACGCGAGCCUUCGGAACCCCCUGUCGACCUCCAUACCAGCGACAGACGACCUGUACGAGGGCUCAAACGGAAGCGGCAGAGCAAUGCAGUAGAAGUGAUCAGUCUCGACGACAGCCAGUCGCAGCUAGAGUGUGUUGUUGAGCUAACAGACUCACCGGUCCAUGUCCCUGACAGUCCGGCGCCAACCGGCGAUGCGCCAGAAAGAAUGCAGCAUACACCGACGAAGCUGCGCAGGGCAAAGAGACCCAGACCAGACACUGCAGCGACGGUGGGGUUGCCGCAGCCACAGUCCCACCAACCGGCUAGGACAAUCACACCCAGACUACAGAGCGUCUAUAUGACACACACCAGCACAACAUCGCCCGGAUUCGCCCCUUACUCAGCCAGCCCGUCACAGAUCCGACCACGGUCACCACAACCGCCUGUUUCGCUGCAGCCAUACUCGAACAGCACAAGCCGAACAGCAUCGCGGCCGCAUACUACCCUGCCGCAACUAGCCAUAUUCCAACAACCAGUCACCAUCAACACCUAGACAGAACACACCUCGACCACCUGAGACAUCGCGGCUGUGCAUGCUGGGACAAUUGCGUGCCGUAGCCAUGAUAUCGAGCACUUCAAUCUACUUCCGCGAAGGCGUGCAAAUGAGCAUUCCUAUCGUGCUGCAGAUGCACCCAGGGACAUCGCAGGAAGUUGAUCUCUUCGACAAGCAUGGCAGCCUGGUCGGCACCCUGGAAGCAGCUGUGGCCCGUACAGUGUAUAUACUACUGAAG